GUUGAAAUCGAGAGUGAGGAGGGGAGUAAUCAGUAAUCAUACAACUUUGGCCUGAUUUUGGCUCAUUCAUUCGUAGAAUGGAUGGACUUACUCCAAUAGUUGCUCUCAGCUGGUGGAUAACAGGAAUCAAACAUGAAGUCGGUUUUCCUGUGGCUUCUUCUCCUUAAUGCGAUAGGCUGCAGUUUCAGUGCCAGGAUACUGGCCAUGACACCUUUCCAUGGUAAGAGUCACUAUAUCUUUGUGUCUGGGAUCCUUAAAGCCUUGCAUCAAAGAGGACACCAUAUAGUCGAGUACAGUCCCUUCCCUCCCAGUAAACCUUUGGCUAACUACACCCACGUGGAGAUCCAUACGGAAUUGGAAAAGGAAUUUCAAAAAUGGACAUUUGAAGAAUUCUUACAAGCCGCAAAAAUGUCCAACAGCUUGUGGCCCCAACCCUUUUAUAUUCCUAAAUAUCUGGUGGAUGACAAACCCAAUGUGUAA